AUGUCCAAAGCGACCAUCGCCGUCAUCGCCGCCGUCAGCGCCGGCGCCGGUGCGGCUGCCACGGCGGCAAUGUACUCGCUGCGCAAGUCCGAGACGACGGCGACAACAACCACCUCCGCCACUACCUACGGCUUCCCCGGCCCCGUCGCCGACCUCGCCUCCCGGCAGGCGCUCAUCUCCUCGUACGACCGGCGGACGCGCAACCCGCACUGGGUGGCCGAGCACAUCACGCCCGCGUCGCUCAACAUGCGCGACGGCGACCGCAAGAACAGCAACUUCCUCGAGGACCCCGCCAUCCCGGAAAAGUUCCAGGCCAAGCUCAAGGACUACUUCCGCUCCGGCUACGACCGCGGCCACCAGGUCCCCGCCGCCGACUGCAAGUGGUCGCAGACGGCCAUGGACGAGACCUUUUACCUGUCCAACAUGUGCCCCCAGGUCGGCGACGGCUUCAACCGCGACUACUGGGCCCACCUCGAGGACUUCUGCCGCCGCCUCACCCAGCGCUACCCCAGCGUCCGCAUCGUCACGGGACCGCUCUACCUGCCCAAGCGCGACCCGCAGGACAACAAGUGGUACGUCAAAUACGAGGUCAUCGGGAAUCCCCCCAACGUCGCCGUGCCCACCCACUUCUACAAGGUCAUCUACGCCGAGGAGCAGACCGCCCCGGGAGGCAAGGUCGCCCUCGCCGCCUUCGUCCUGCCCAACGCCGUCAUCCCCAACGACAAGCCCCUCGCCGACUUCGAGGUGCCCCUCGAGGCCGUCGAGCGCGCCACCGGCCUCGAGUUCGCCACCAAGCUGCCCCCGUCCCGCAGGAAGCGCCUGUGCGCCGAGACCAGCUGCUCCAUCAUCGUCAAGGAGUACGCCGAGCGCCAGAAGGCCUUUGCCAAGAAGUAG